AUCUGAUAUUAAUGCUUUCAGAAAAAGUGAAAAUAAUGUAAACGUAAAAUCGUAAUCGGCAUACACGCUCUUCACUUUGUACAUAAUAUAUAUUUAAACACUAACACAGUCCUACUGUUCUGUAUUAAUUUAAAUUUACAAAAUGUUUACAUAAUGUCCUGACAUAGACUGCAGUUAAAUUGCAAAAUGGUCUAUGAAAGUAUUCCUCGAACAGUUCGCAUCAUACUGCUUGGAGAACCCGGUGUUGGAAAAACCUCUCUUAUCCUAUCAUUGGUAACUGAAGAAUUCGCAGAACAUGUCCCUCCUAAAGCAGAAGAGAUUACAAUACCUGCGGAUGUUACUCCGGAGCAGGUACCGACCAACAUUGUAGAUGUGUGCUUGAAUGAACAAACUAUAGAACAGGUUGCGGAAGAAAUUGAGAAAGCUCACGUAAUAUGUAUAGUAUUUUCAGUAGACAAACAAGAAACAUUAAAUAAGAUAGCUUCUUAUUGGUUACCAUUUGUGAGGGAUAGCUGUUCUGAUGAUUAUAGGAAGCCUGUUAUUCUUGUUGGAAAUAAAAUAGAUUUAAUUGACUACUCUGUUAUUGAUAAUAUUUGGGACAUAGCAGAAGAAUAUCCUGAGGUAGAUCGAUGUAUAGAAUGUUCUGCAAAAACCCUCACAAAUGUCUCAGAAAUGUUUUACAAUGCUCAAAAAGCGGUAUUACAUCCCAUUCAUCCCAUUUACUGCAUUGAGGAACAAGAGCUGACAGAAAGGUGUAAAAAAGCACUGGCAAGAAUAUUUAAGAUUUGUGAUAUGGAUGGUGACGGAGUGUUGGAUGAUUUUGAGAUAACAAUAUUUCAGAAGAAAUGUUUUGAAAGCCCCUUGCAAUUGCAGGUUUUAGAUGAAGUAAAAUCAGUAAUUGCACAGAAUGUGGCUGCUGGUAUUGAGAACGAUUGUAUAACCAUGAGGGGCUUUAUAUUCUUGCAUUGCCUUUUUAUACAAAGAGGAAGGAAUGAGACAACAUGGACAGUUUUAAGAAAGUUUGGAUAUGAUGAGACCUUGGAACUGACACACAGUUAUUUAUAUCCAAACAUUAAGAUCCCUAUCGGCUGUACUUCAGAACUUUCAUAUAAAGGGCAACAAUUUUUAACACAAUUAUUUGAGAAAUAUGACAAAGAUAAAGAUGGGAUGCUGAAUCCAACAGAGUUGAAGAAUGUGUUCUCAUGUUGUCCUCGUAUACCGUGGCAUAAUUUGCGCUAUACAGUGCCUACAAAUGAAAAGGGUUAUCUGACAUUGCAAGGUUGGAUGUGUCGGUGGACACUGAUGACACUAUUAGACUUGCAAGAAACAAGUGCCUACUUAGCAUACCUGGGUUAUAAUUUUCUCGAAAAUGAUACCCAAAAAUCAGCAUUUCACGUUACCAGAGACAAAAAGGUCGAUAUUGCAAAAAAACAAUCAAGCCGGAAUGUAUAUCAAUGUCACAUUAUUGGACCUAGAACUUGUGGCAAAACAUCUAUAUGUAGGAGUUUUCUAGGAAUAGCGCAUAAGAAAAUAAAGCCUCAUUCACACGAACGAGGCGAUGGUAACAGCCCAGAGAACACAUGCUGUAUUAACACAAUACAUGUAUAUGGCCAGGAGAAGUACCUGAUAUUGAAAGAGAUUCCAAUAACCCGUGUGUCCGACCCCUUACAGCCUCAUGAGGUCAACUGUGAUGUGGCCUGUCUUGUGUAUGAUGUAGCUGCGAGUCGUUCAUUCGAGUAUAUUGCUAGAAUAUAUAUAAAAUAUUUCGCGGAAAGUCACAUUCCUGUAUUAAUAGUAGGCACCAAAGGAGAUGCUUUGAUCACGAGGCAGGAGUACAUUCUGCAACCAGAAGUAUUCUGUAACAAAUAUCAACUCUUGGCACCACAAAUAUUCAACAUUAGAGAAAAUAAACAUGAUGUAUUUGUUAAAUUGGCUACUAUGGCAGCAUUUCCACAUCUGAAACACUUCGCAAGUAUGGCGGGCGAGAAUUCCUCGUGGUGGAAGGCGGGUAUUGGUUUUGCGGCGGCAACCAUCAUGGGAUUUGUGCUUAUCAAGAUGUUGAACGUUCAACGUAAAUAAAUACCGAAUGUAGGCAUUAUAUUAAAUUAAUUAUUUAUUUAACUUGAAUUUUCUUGCAAACAUCCGAAACCAAAGAUGUGACUUGCGUUGUGCAUAGUAUUAUUUCAGUUGUAAAUAAAGGUUUUCAUUUAACAA